UGUGAGCGAGGCGAGUGUUUGUGUCAUUUUGUUGGAAGGUGAGCGCGGACUCACCUGCUGGGAAACGAAGCCGCUCCGGUUCGUCUUUUCAUCUUCUUCUUCUUGUUUUCUACAACAUGACGGACGCGCUUUUCCACAACGGCCUGAAGGAGGCUCGAGGAGACGAAAACUACUUCAGAAAGGGUUGCAACCCGUUCGCCCAGACGGGCCGCAGCAAACUGCAGAACAAGAGAGCCGGCCUCAACCAGCAGAUCAUCAAGCAGAUGAGGAUGCGGGCCGGCGCCGAGAACCUGCUCAAGGCAACCUCCAACAACAAGGUCAAAGAGAUGGUGAUGCUGGAGCUGAGCUACGUCAACUCCAACCUGCAGCUGCUCAUGGGACAGCUGGAAGGACUCAACAGCUCCGUGGAGGUCUACCAGAGCAGCCAGGAAACUGCCAACAUCCCGCUCAUCGCCCUGGGUCUGAAGGAGACGAAAGAAGUCGACUUUUCAACGCCAUUUAAGGAUUACAUCGUUUCGCAUUACAACGAAGAUGGCACGAGCUUCGAGGACGAGAUCGCCGACCUGAUGGACUUGCGGCAGGCAUGCAGGACGCCGAGUCGUACCGAGGUGGGGGUGGAGCUGCUGGCAAAAUACUUCAACCAUCUUCCUCUGAUAGAGAGUCGGUUCAUCUCGCAGUCGCAUCACAGCGGCCUGUUCUUCACAUGGUACGACUCCUUCACCGGCGUUCCUGUGUGCCAACAAAACAUUUCCCUGGAGAAGGCUAGCAUCCUCUUCAACAUAGCCGCCCUCUUCUCCCAGAUCGGAACACGGAGCGACCGACAGACCUCGCUUGGCCUAAAGGAGGCCAUCUCUGCCUUCCAGAAGGCUGCAGGCAUCCUCAACCACCUAAAGGAGACGUUCACACACACGCCCAGCUACGACAUGAGUCCAGCCAUGCUGGCCAUGCUCAUCCGCAUGAUGUUGGCUCAGGCCCAGGAGUGUCUCUUUGAGCAGCUGGCUCUGCCCGGCGUCCGCAACGAGGUCCUGACCCUGCUUAGGAUGGCCCAGGAGGCUGCCAAGGUGUCAGAAAUCUACGACCACGUGCACCAGUCCAUGAUCCAGACACCGGUGAAGGACAACGUGCCCUUUUUCUGGUCCACCAUGUCUCAAGUGAAGACCAACCACUACCGCUCCAUGGCGCACUACUUUGUGGCCUCCGCCCUUCUGGACCAUCAGGUGGGUCCCACCGAUGAUGAAGACCAGCAGGAGAAGACCUUGUCUCAAGUGUAUGAUCACCCCCCUGAGGGCUGUUCUCCUCUGGACAUCCUGAAGAAGAGAGCGGAGCGAGAGCGAGUCGGUCGAGCCCACAUUCGCCGUGCCAUCACAGGCCACGAGGAGGCCCUGAGGAUCCACUGCUUGUGUCACCACCUCAACAAGCUGGAGGUCCUGCAGGACAUCUUGAAAGCCAGCCACCAGCGCUCACUGCACAAGUCCAGUGAGAACCAAAGUGAGGAGGAGUUUCCCGACUACUUGGUGGCGCCGGACAUUGUCUCUAAAACCGAACACCAAGCAGAGAUGGAGGUUCCUGCCGUCAUAAAGGUGAAAGUCAGCGACUUUUUCCAGAGGCUGGGGCCUCUGUCCGUCUUCUCGGCCAAGCAGCGCUGGACGCCACCUCGGACGCUACACCUGCGCACCGAGGACCGAGACCUGGGCUUCACGCUGAAGGGGGACGCCGCGGUCCAGGUGGUUUCGUUAGACCCCCUUUGCCCUGCAGCUGCCGAAGGGCUGAAGGAGGGCGACUACAUCGUGGCCGUGGGCGACACCUCCUGCAAGUGGAUGAGCGUGGGCGAGGUGAUGCGGCUGCUGAAGGACGUGGACGAGCAGGGCGUCGACAUCCAGGUGGUCAGCGUGCUGGACGGCAACCCCACAAUGCCCGCCAAGAGUGCCACCUUCUGCGGGAACCUGCCCAAGACCUACUCCAUGAUUUGCCUGGCGUACGACGACGACGACAAGAACCCCAAGUCCCGCAAGGUCAGCAAGAAGUCGUCCUUCCUCAGCUGGGGCCUGAAGAACAAGAUGAAGAGCGCCAGCACCAUCAGCCUCCCCACGGCCGAGCAGUCCUGGAACAAGCCCUGUCCCACCUUCCCCAGCUCCUACAAGGACAGCGUCCUCUACUGAGCAGCCUCGCCGGGCCUGCUGACGGACCGAGCGGUGGUCUUGCCCUAAAUGUCCAUGCUGACAUGGUGGACGGCAGCUAACGGUGGGGGCCCGUGUAGGUACACCGGUACACAACCGUCUCUAAUGCAGUGUAAACUAAACACUGUGCCAGCACCGUGGGGAAAACCACUUCUCUCUUAUGUAUCUUGUUUAUUUCCACACGUAUCCCAACAAGACCUCCUCAGUCCUGCACCGUGCACGUGAAGGUACUCCUUUACAACCUGCAGUGUUCCUCCGUGUCCACGCUGUCCAGCUCACUGCUCAUUCAGAAGUACAAAUGAUACAAAUAUGACUUUAAAUGUGAUACAGCCUUGAAAGAAGUGCCUGAACAAGCCAGCUCCACGUGCCGUACUACCGCUUACUUCCUCACUGAGUCACUGUUGCGCUGCAAACGACACGACCUGGAAGUGAGCGCCAGAACGUGGAUAACCCGGCUGCAUGUUACCUUUCUAGGAAGUGGGAAAUAUGACAUUCACUGCUUACGAGAUCUCAUCUGGAAGUGUCCCUAGUCGGACGUAAACAAAAAGAUAGCAGACAACUCAUAGAAGAGUAGUGAAGAAGCAGUGACGUGAUUUCACAUCUUUUCUGGAAAUACAUUUGAACAAAUACCGUAAUGGAGUCAAACCAUUGAAUAGUCUUUUAGUGCAUCAGUGAGUCGGGACAUAACAUCCUAUCAGCCGGCUGUCAGGUCACAUGUUCCACUUUGUGAUCCGCUGGCUUCACUUUUCACAACUUUCUAACUCCACUGAGAAUGUCCCAUUUAAAGAUUGUACUCAUUCCCAAGCGGACCAGUAAGUUAUCCACGCAUCCCACACGUGGUCGCCGUAGUAAACGCCAAAACUGGCUAUCCAGCUUGCGCUGACGUCACUGAGAACUUCCUUGAUUUUUGCAGUACCCUGCCCCUUGUGGUUGUGGUGUGUCAGUCAUGCAGUGCUGGUUUAUUCUAUGGGCCACAUUCAAAAUCGUAAUAUGAGGUUUUACAAGAAUUUACCAAAAAAAAGUCACAAUAUUAUGAAAAUAAAAUUUGAGAAUAAAGUCGUACAUUUACGAGAAUAAAGCUGUACAUUUACCAGAAAAAACAUUGUAAUUUUACGAGAAAGUCAUAAAUUUAGGAGAAAAGUCAUGUUACGAGAAUAAAGCUUGAUAAGUAUGAGAAUGAAGUGUUAAUAGGAGGUGUGAUGGUGUCGUACGCGUGAGGGGGAAAUGGAGCAUAGCUCUUCAAGAAGAAAGGAAACUUUCCUCUUGCUUCAGGCAAGCUUUUAUUUAUAACGUGGCAGCAAAACCAAGCAGUUGAGCAUUUACAUUACAUGGCUAGCUAGCCCUUCUCGCACCCACCCACAUGCCCAAGGCCAAAGGUCACAUGAGUCCCCCGUUUUCAUCACUGUCUCAGGCAAUGCCUGUUACAUAAACUUACCAGUUCUUUUCUCGUAAAUUUCCCAUUUUAUUCUCCAAUUAUUUUAGUACUCAGGCGUUGUCUGAGAGACAGCUAUGAAAAGGGGGGGACUCAUGUGACCUUUGGCCUUGGGCAAAGAUAAUAUUACGACUUUUUUUCUCUAUUUUUUCAACGUGGCCCAUCAUACUUACUCAGAUCACAAAAAACUGAGGUUGUUAUUUGUGUUCUUUUGCCUGGUGCCAGGGACACAAUAAAAGGACUGUUUUGCCUCAUGUACACCAGUCAUGUCAUCCGGGUCUAGCCCUAUUUUGUGUGUGUGUGUGUGUGUGUGGUAACACAAUGGAAGGUUAUUUAGUGUCCUGGUCGGUCAAUGAUGCAAAGACUGCACAGCCAUUUGACUUGCCCAUACUGUACAUGUACAGUAUGUGCUGACACUUUUCCAGUGUUAGACAAUCUCUUUCAUCUACAAAGUAGAUUCUUAUACACGUUUGAUAAUCAAAUUAUUUAUGUUAUAAAUAUAUGUAUGUCUCUGUUAAAUUGUGGUCGUUUGUGAAUGGAACGUUGUGAAUUAUUUUUGCACGUUGGAUUUGUCGGAAGAAUGUAUUUGACCAGUCUAGCAGAAUCCAUGUUGCAGAUGUUGCCUGGUACAUUUUGUCUUUGCUGUAAGAUUGUUGUGGCGUGUUCGCCUGCAGUAACACUGACAAGAUGCUCCUGUCUUUACCGUUUGCUGUCGUAUUUAGUGCCAUUUAUGCUCGACUGAGCUGUCAUUGUAAAAGUGCUAAACGAAAAAAAAAGACUUCAUUUCUUGCUUUCUGUGGUGUAAAUGAUUUUGCGGAAAUUCUUGGUGUCUGGUGUGUUAAUCUUAAUAAAACAAA